AUGACGUAUUCACCCUCCUACCUGUCGAAAGCCUCCUACGCGUGUUCAGUCCUAUGCCACUUUCUUUACGGCGAUACUAAACGUUCUGAGGAUACGUAUCUUAGCUGCUAUGGUCUUUACCGAAACCAGUCUCCCAAUAAAUUCCCGCUCAUGCACUUUCCUACUUCUAUCCGCUUUGCCCAACUCUUUAUCUUACACUUAAAACACCAACGUCUAUCUUCCUCUUCAUUCUACUACCUUGCAACCCAAGACUACUAUAGACCACCAACCACACGUUUAUUCUGCACAACCACAUCUUUAAAAAUGCCUAGCUACAUUGUUACCCUUAAGGAGAACGCUACUCCCGAGGAAGUGGCCGCAGCAAAGAAGCACGCUCAGGACCAGGGCGGCAAGAUUGGCCACGAAUACAGCCUUAUCAAGGCUUUCUCUGUCACAUUCCCGAACGAUGCCAUCACCACGUUGGAGUCCAACGAGCACGUUAAAGCUGUCGAGUUGGACCAGGAAGUGAGGACGCAAUAGCUGUCGUGAUGAGGGGCAAUUAGGUCUUAGAGCCCAUCGCGUGAGCGUGACCGAGCUAGCAUAUGAUGCGGGGCUUUGAAACUAUGCUACUACGGUAUUAGGUUAUACUAGGUUAUACAAGAAAGCUUGACUUGACUUGACUUGGCUUAUACAUAGAUACCUGAUCUACCAAUAUUGCUUAACCAACGUCACAUAAAUUCGUCC